AUGGCCUACAACCAUUACGGAGCACCGCACAAUCCUUAUGGCGCGCCUCCUGGCUAUGGCUAUCCGGGCGCGGCGCCUGGCAUGUCCGCUCCUCCUGGGCUAGGACCUCCUCCAGGCAUGUCUCCCGCUCCGGGAAUGGCCCCCCCGCCGGGCAUCCAGCAAGCCAACGUGCCUCAAGCUAAUCGUCCAAGUGGUCUGCCUGCUUUCCAAGCCCCGACCAACAUGCCGAACAUCAACUUCAAUGCCCCCGUGAUUCGACUGGGCACAGGAGCCUCAGCCGGUGGCGGCAGGUCCGACGACCGACCUGCGCAAUCGGGAGGAAGAGCUGGGCUUGGGAUGGAGAGGGGGUCGGAGCAGGGGCGAAUGGCGGCCAGGGAGACGAUGCAGACGCUUCUUCCACCGACGAGCGAGGAGAAGCUGCGAACCAUCUUUCUACACCAGAUUCCAGAGGGACUGGGCGGCGACGAGGGCACGAAGAAGCUUCUUGGGGCCGUCGGCAAGCUGAAGCGCUGGGACCCGUCCGACAGCGUGUCCGAGGAUCGAAAGGGAACCAAGUUUGGCUUCGCUCUGUUCGAGGACAUUGAUUCCGUGGCAACUGCCGUCAAGCUCCUGACCGAAGAAGAGGUGCAAAUCCCCAUCAGGAAACAGCCCAGCUCGAGCGACCCGCCGGCCGACGACAGCUUUGAUGAUGUGGAAAAGACGAAGCUGCAAGUGGUUGUUGACCCUACGUCGUUGAGCUACCUGGAGGCGUACAAGGAGAACAAGGGAGACGAUGCGUCCCUGGAGCAGAGAAUAGAGCAGGCUCGCGCAGCCCUCAAGUCAGUGAUUCGAGAGCUAUUCUACCCCCCUGUUGUCGACACUACCGACGUUAAUGGCGAUGUUGCUAUGGGGAAUACGGAUGCCGAGGAGAACGUUGAGGUGGUCAACAUCCCCCUGGCGCAAGAAGACGAGUUGGCGGACAUCCCACCUGAGAUGCGAGAGGUCGUUGCAGGAGAGAUUGCGGCUUUCCGUGAGCGCAGCAACCAACGGGAUAUGGAGCGUCUCCAGCGAGAAGAGGAACUGGAAGAAAGCGAACGACGCCGCAAUGGCGCAGCCCGGUCAAGGCUGGCCUCGCCGCCGAGGAACUCGAACAAUGUGCCGCUGGGCCCUCGUGGAGUCUCCGUACCAAACGCCCCAGUCGGACCCAAGGGCCAAAAUGGACCGAACCGAGUGGCCUUUGUCAACGGAGGGGUGAACAACGCAGAUGGGUCUACAAGACGCGACGAUGAGGACACCGACGCAAGCGAUGACGAGCUCUGGAGGAGACGCGAGGCUGAGCGCAAAGCCGAAGAUGACAAGAUGUACGCGGAAGCAGAGAGGAAAUGGGUCAACAGAGAGCGAUCACGGCAGGCAGCGUUGGAGCGAGAACGGGAGCGAGAAAAGCACGACAUGGAGUCCCUCGAACGAAGGAAACAGGAGCAGCUGGAGAGAGAAAAGACGUGGGACGAUGAGCGAGAGGCCACCCGCAAAACGCACAACUACUACCGAGACCACGGCGGCUGGGCGAGAAAACGAACGUCUGAUCGGGCUGAGGAAGAGGCAAGAGAUGAAGCCGACCGGCAGGCCGAAAAGGUGGAGCGAGACCGCGAGCAGGCCAGGCUAGAACAGGCGCGCGGCAUGGCGGAUUCUUUCCUGGACCAGCAGGCCCGGGAGAUGGAACAGCGCGAAGCUGCCGCCGCCGCCGCCGCACCACAGCCAUUCAAGCUGUCGCUCGGCGCGGCGGCACAGCGAGCUCAAGCCUCACGAGCGGCCCCUCAACGACGCACGAUUGCCGAGGUGGAGGGUCUCCUGGACGACGAGGAAGUCGAGUCGACGAAGCGGCAGCUCAUCCCCAUCCAGCUGGACGCCUCCUCGGGCGCGGCGGGCAUGACGGAGGAGGAAAUCUCGCAGGCGGUGCGCGCGCUGGCGCAGGAGAUUCCGUCGGAGAAGGACGGGCUCUGGGCGUGGGAGGUCAAGUGGGAUUUCAUGGACGACACCGUGGUGCGGGACAAGCUGCGGCCGUUUGUGGAGAAGAAGAUUGUCGAGUAUCUCGGCGUGCAGGAGGAGAUGCUGGUCGAGGCCGUGGAGGAGCAUCUGCGGAAACAUGGCACGGCGGGCGCCUUGGUGGAGGAGCUCGAGGGGGCCCUGGACGACGAAGCAGAGGAUCUGGUCAAGAAGCUCUGGCGCAUGCUCAUCUUCUUCACCGAGUGCGAGAAGCGAGGCUUGCCGGCGUAA